AUUGGGAGCAGACGAGGAGGAAUUAUUAAUUGAAGGCGCAGAAAUGCAUGGUUUGGGUAAUUGGGCGGAUAUCGCAGAUUUUAUAGGGAAUAGAACGAAGGAAGAUUGCGAGCGACAUUACAUGGAAACGUAUGUUAACAGGGAAACAUGGCCGUUACCGGACAUGAAUGUGAAAUUUCAAAUAGAUGAAGAGACAAUGCGCGAACGAAAACGGCGGCGUAUAUUGUCAAUAGAAAAUCGAACUCAAAAUUCAACACAGAAAAUUCCCACGAAG